AUGGCUGUGCAGAGUCUCCUGCAGUACCUGGGCUCCUGCUCGCUGCUCUGUUUGGCAGCAGGGCUCUUUGCUCUCCUUUACUUCCUCUCCAGCUCCAAGAAGUCCGUUUGCAAUUUGCCCCCUGGGCCACAACCUCUUCCUGUGAUCGGGAACCUGAACGUGGUGGACCUGAAAAAGCCGUUCCAGUCGCUGACAGAGCUCUCCAAGAUCUAUGGUAGCGUCUUCACGGUGCAUUUUGGACCCAGGAAGGUCGUGGUACUGGCUGGAUAUGAAACCAUCAAGGAUGCCCUUUUAAAUCAUGCUGAAGAGUUUGGAGAGAGGGCAGAAAUACCCAUAUUUAGAAAAAUGACACAAGGAAAUGGCAUAGCAUUCAGCCACGGAGAGAUGUGGAAAACUAUGAGAAGAUUUACCUUGUCCACACUGCGAGACUUUGGAAUGGGAAAGAGAACACUUGAGACCCGAAUCCUGGAGGAAGUAAAUUCCCUUAUCAAAUAUUUUGAAUCCUAUCAUGGGAAACCAUUUGAUACAAAAAUGAUUCUCAACAAUGCUGUAUCCAAUGUCAUCUGCUCUAUAUUGUUUGGAGAGAGGUUUGAAUAUGAUGAUCCAGUAUUUCUAACUUUGCUGAAGCUGAUAAAUCAAAAUACUAAGCUGUUGGGCUCCCCUAUGGUGCAGUUAUAUAACUUCUACCCAUCCCUUGGAUUUCUGUCUGGAGCUUCCAAGACUGUGCUACAAAACAUCCUUGAAUUGAAUGCUUUUCUCCAGAAGCUCUUCCAGGAGCACAAAGAGGAGCUUAAUGAAAAUGACUUAACAGGCUUUGUCGAUGCCUUCCUGGUGAAGCAAAACCAGGAGUCAAAGAAACCACACACUGCAUUCAGCAAUGGAAACCUGAUGUUUUCAACCCUGGACCUCUUUGCUGCUGGGACUGAGACCACAUCCACAACUGUGCGCUGGGGGCUGCUGCUGAUGAUGAAAUACCCAGAAAUUCAGAGAAAGAUUCAGGAAGAAAUGAACCAUGUCAUUGAACCAGGAGAGCUGCCUAAGUUGGAGGACAGGAAAAAAAUGCCUUACACAGAAGCAGUAAUACACGAAAUACAAAGGUUUGCCAAUAUCGUCCCCAUGGGCGUAUCCCGAUCGACUCCCAGAAAUGUGAAUUUCCGAGGCUACGUGAUUCCUAAGGGUACUGAGAUUAUUCCACUGCUGACCUCUGCUCUGAAUGACGAGUUACACUGGAAAACCCCGCAUCAGUUCAACCCUUCCCAUUUCCUUGAUGCCAAUGGGAACUUCAUUAGGAGAGAAGCAUUUAUUCCAUUCUCCAUAGGGAGAAGGGCUUGCCUUGGUGAAGGACUGGCCAGGAUGGAGCUGUUCCUCUUCUUUUCGGGCUUGCUCCGCAGAUUUGUUUUCCAGCCUCCUCCAGGAGUGGAGAAGUCAGACCUGAAUCUCACUGCUGAUGUUGGCUUCACCUUGACUCCCAUGCCUCACCUGGUCUGUGCUGUGCCCUGUGAAUGA